AUGGAGGUGAUCAAACCAAAGAGACGUCGUCGAAAGAUUCAAAUCAAGAAGAUUAAAAAUGAGGAGGAUCGCAACGUUAUCUUCUCAAAACGAAAAUCUAGCAUCUAUAAGAAGGCUAGCGAGUUGGUCACUUCAAGUGGAGCAGAAAUAGGUAUAGUAAUGUUUUCACCAUCGGGGACGCCUUUCUCUUUUGGCUAUCCCUCCAUCAAAACAGUUGCCAACCAAUUUUUGGGGCGAAACCCUCCGACGGAUGAUAACCCUGAUCCUCUCAUGGAUGCUAGGAUUGAAGAGCUUAUCAAGAAAAUGGACGAGCUACAAGGCCGAAUGAAGGAAGCAAAGGAGAAAGAGAAGAAGUUACUGAAGAAGUUGACAGAGGGAAACAAAGGCAGAAGUUUGGUUGAUGCAAAUAUUGAUGAACUUAGCCUUGAAGAGCUUCACAAACUGAGUGGUUCUUUGGAGGAACUCUAUGACAAGUUGUGCACUCAAAUUCAAGCAUCCUCAAUCUCUACCAACAACCCAGAAUAUGAUCAUACUGAUCCUUCAGCUCAUAUCAACAAUCCAGAUAUCAAUCAAACUGGUGGAGUUUUCAAAUGA